GUUAACGAUGAGGAACUGGAGGCCGAGUUCUUGGCCUUGGUUGGGGGCCAGCCCCAAGUCCUGGAGAAGCUCAAAGGCAAAGGUGUAGGGCUUAGUGCUGUCUCGUGUCUCUAAGAGCAAGAAGGCUGUGAUGUGUCUUAUGGAGAAGAGACAUAACAGAUGAGCUUCGUUCAGACGUGAGUUACAGUGCUGCUCUUGGCCUUGAGUUCGGGGUUCACAAAUCAACAAUAUAUACUUAAAAAGGUGUCAUUAGAUAGAAACACACAUUAAGCAAGGUUAUGUAUUGACUGGUUGACAAAAAUGUUGUGCCCAGAGGCUCAUGGGACCCGAACCUUGUAUUUCCUCCAGGGGCCGUGGUCCAGUGUUCCCUAAGUCAGCAUUUAAGGCAGUUUUAUAGAACAGAACUAACGCGCAUAAUGAGGAUUAACUCAAAUAACAAACUGCUGACCACAUGCUGUUCUGGAGCUUCAUUUAUCUUUAGUUCCCACAACUGACCUGUGAGAGAGAAACUUGUCCUCGUCCGAUAGAUGGGAAGACUGAGUCCCAGAGAGGGCAAGUGACUUGCCCAGGGCUCCAAAGUGAGAAAGCUGCGAAGCCAGGGUGCCGAAUCGGGCUUGAUAAGGGAGAGACGAGGCGGGCGAGAUCUGCGGGGAUCGGGAUCAUACCUGGUGGGCCUGAGGGCCGUGGGGUGCCAUGGAAGGGCCGGGAGGGGGACAUGCUGCCCUAGUCCUUGGGGUCAUGGGUAACCGGGAUGGGAGGCUGGGGACUCUUGAAGGAUCCCAGUCCAGCUGGGGCCUCUACCUGCCGCCAGGCCCCCUGCCCAUGGAGGCUAUUGACAAGAUGGCCAGCCUGUGCAUGAGAGACCCGGAUGAGGGUGAGGAUGAGGGUACGGACGAGGAGGAUGUGGAGGCUGAUGAUGACCUGCUGGCAGAGCUGAACGAGGUCCUUGGGGAGGCACAGAAGACUGUGGAGUCCCACCCUCCUGUGGCUCAGCCGAAGGCCACAGCCCCCAGCCCAGGGGUGGAGGCCACCUUGCAGGAGAGGCUGGCCCUCUACCAGACAGCGAUCGAAAGCGCUAGGCAAGCUGGAGAUGGUGCCAAGAUGCGGCGCUAUGACCGGGGGCUUAAGACACUCGAAAACCUGCUGGCCUCCGUCCAGAAGGGUAACGCCAUCAAUGAAGGGGACAUCCCGCCACCUGUGGCAGUGGGGAAGGGCCCGGCAGCCACGCCCAGCCACUCUCCGGCGCCCGCGCCGCCGGCCUCUGCAAACCAGCCAGUCCCAGAGCCCAGGGUCACGGUAGAAGGCCCUCCUUCCACGGCUCCAGCCACAUCCAUAGGCUUGGCUAAGCCCCAGCUUCCUCCAGGUGCCUGUAGCCCCGGCCCCCUGGCCCAGUUGCAGAGCCGCCAGCGUGAGUAUAAGCUGGCUGCCCUCCACGCCAAGCAGCAGGGAGAUACCGCUGUUGCCACCAGACACUUCCGUGUGGCCAAGAGCUUCGAUGCCGUCUUGGAGGCCCUGAGCCGGGGGGAGCCUGUGGACCUGUCCCACCUGCCACCUCCCCCUGACCAGCUGCCCCCAGACCCACCGUCAGCACCACUGCAGCCUCCAGCUCCCACCACGGUGCCCUCCACGCCAGAGGUUCCCCCACCUCCGCGGACUCUCCUGGAGGCACUGGAGCAGCGGAUGGGGCGAUACCACGUGGCUGCAGCCCAGGCCAAGAGCAAAGGGGACCAGCGGAAGGCUCGCAUGCAUGAGCGCAUCGUCAAGCAAUACCAAGAUGCCAUCCGAGCCCACAAGGCCGGCCGAGCAGUAGACGUGGCUGAACUGCCGGUGCCCCCAGGCUUUCCCCCCAUCCAGGGCCUGGAGGCCACUGAGCCCACCCAGCAGAGCCUGGUGGGGGUCCUGGAAACUGCCAUGAAGCUGGCCAACCAGGAGGAAGGCCCAGAGGAUGAAGAGGAUGAGGAACCUAAGAAGCAGCCCACCAGCCCUGCGGCCCCCAUGGCCCAGCCCAAGGCCCCACCCUCAAGGGCACCUCAGUCAGGCUCUGCCCCAGCAGCCAAAACAGCCCCCAAGGGCACAUCCACCAGAGCCCAGCAGCAGCUGGCCUUCCUGGAGGGCCGCAAGAAGCAGCUCCUGCAGGCCGCGCUGCGAGCCAAGCAGAAGAAUGACGUAGAGGGUGCCAAGAUGCACCUGCGCCAGGCCAAGGGGCUGGAGCCCAUGCUGGAGGCCUCACGCAACGGGCUGCCUGUGGACAUCACCAAGGUGCCACCCGCCCCUGUCAACAAGGACGACUUCUCUCUGGUCCAGCGGCCCGGCCCAGGUCUGUCUCAGGAGUCUGCCCGGCGCUACGGUGAACUCACCAAGCUCAUAAGACAGCAGCACGAGAUGUGCCUGAACCACUCUAACCAGUUCACCCACCUGGGCAACAUUGCCGAAACCAGCAAGUUUGAGAAGCUGGCAGAGGACUGUAAGCGGAGCAUGGAGAUUCUGAAGCAGGCAUUUGCCCGGGGUCUCCCCACGCCCACUGCCCGCUUUGAGCAGAGAACCUUCAGCGUCAUCAAGAUCUUCCCCGACCUCAGCAGCAACGACAUGCUCCUGUUCAUCGUGAAGGGGAUCAACUUGCCCACGCCCCCAGGGCUGUCUCCCAGUGACCUGGAUGUCUUUGUUCGGUUUGACUUCCCCUAUCCCAAUGUGGAAGAAGCUCAGAAAGACAAGACCAGUGUGAUUAAGAACACAGACUCCCCCGAGUUCAAGGAGCAGUUCAAACUCUGCAUCAAUCGCAGCCACCGGGGCUUCCGAAGGGCCAUCCAGACCAAAGGCAUCAAAUUUGAAGUGGUCCACAAGGGGGGGCUGUUCAAGACUGACCGGGUGCUGGGCACAGCGCAGCUCAAGCUGGAUGCCCUGGAGACAGCGUGCGAGGUCCGGGAGAUCCUUGAGGUCCUGGAUGGUCGCAGGCCCACGGGGGGGCGGCUGGAGGUGAUGGUCCGAAUUCGGGAGCCCCUGACGGCCCAGCAGCUAGAGACCACAACCGAGAGGUGGCUGGUCAUCGACCCCGUGCCAGCAGCUGUGUCCACGCAGGUUGCUGGGCCCAAAGCAAAGGCCCCUCCCGUGCCCACCCCUGCGAGGGAGCCAGGGAACAGAUCAGCGCGGCCCCUGCACAGCCUCAGCGUGCUGGCCUUCGAUCAAGAGCGUCUGGAGCGGAAGAUCCUGGCCCUCAGGCAGGCGCGGCGGCCAGUGCCCCCGGAAGUGGCCCAGCAGUACCAGGACAUCAUCCAGCGCAGCCAGUGGCAGAGGGCGCGGCUGGAGCAGGGGGGCCCAGGCCUCCGGAGGGAGUACGCGGCCCAGCUGGAGCGUCAGCUGCAGUUCUACACCGAGGCCGCCCGGCGCCUGGGCAAUGAUGGGAGCAGGGAGGCCGCAAAGGAGGCACUCUACAGGCGGAACCUGGUAGAGAGUGAGCUGCAGCGGCUCCGCAGGUGAGGGGCCAACCCGGCGGGCGGCCCGGCCCCUGGAGAGUGGGGAGCAGGCCCAAGGCCACAGCCAAGGACCAGACAAGCAGACAAUCAGCGGACAGUCGGCUCCAGAUGGACACAUUCCCCCACUGGGUCCCCCCAACCAGGCCACAGCCUCCCUGGCAGGGGGCAAUGGGGAUAGUACUGCCAGCCGGCUUGUGCCCCUUGCCCAGGCCUGGCUGGGUGGGCCCUGGACAGUCCCGUUUGCACAGCCUGGGGUGCCGGGCCCCUGGCCUGCCCUGGAGGUGGGGGGGCAGCUAGGACCAAGCCCCGAGGGCCCCUGCAAGCACUUUACUUCCUGUCCCUCCCCAGCCUUAACCCUGAAGCCCACCACACCCCAAAGAAGUCGCUGAGGUCGGCCAGAGCCCCGCUGGCUCCCCAGGGCUGACACAGGGAAUAAACAGCCAGGGCCACGCCUGGCUCACUCUGUCCUGUC